CUCUAUAAGCAACGAUUUUUCUCCGAUCGUUCCUUUACGAUUCCGUUAAUGGUGGUAGAUUUUGAACGAAGAAGACAAUCUCUUUGAAUCUGGGCCGAGCGAAGGCUUAAAACGAUUACAAAUAUGUUUAGCUACGUGAAAAAACUAAUUUUCCUCCUAUUGCUAGCCUUUCCUGCAGUCAUGUUCAUUUCAGAUCAAGGGUUAGCGGUUUCUGCUGAAGAAGAUGAAAUCAUUGAAAAUGAGAGUGACGAUGAAAUCAAUAAUGAGCGUGAAGAAGAAGAGGAUGAUGGAAAAGUGGAAACAGAUGAGGAGGAAAAUGAAGAGAGUGAUGAUGCUCCACAAACCACCCAACCUGGCACUGCUGGAGACCAAGAAGUAACUGGGGAGGAAGAGGAACAAGAAAUCCCCACUCUUACAGCUUCUCCAGAUGCUGAGACAACCAUAUUGUUUACCAGUCAUCCCGAGCAAGAAAUUGCUGCCGGUAGCAUUGUUGAUUGUCUUGUUGGUUUUACCAAUAAUGGCAAGGAGGAUUUUGUCAUAAAUGCAUUAGAUGCUUCACUUCGAUAUCCUCAGGACUAUUCCUAUUUCAUUCAAAAUUUCACAUCCAGAACAUUGAAAACGAUUGUUAAACCAGGAGAACAGGCUACCUUUGAUUAUGCUUUCAAACCUCACGAAAACCUUGGUGGACGUCCUUUUGGCAUUGUUGUUGCAUUAUAUUACAAGGACAGCGAUGGCAAAGAUUGGAUGGAUUCUGUCUUCAACGAAACUGUCACAUUCAAGGAACAUGAUGAAGGCUUUGAUGGCGAGACGUUCUUCUUGUAUGUCUUUGUCGCAGCCAUGGCCAUUCUUGUCAUCAUGGGAGCACAAUAUAUCUUGUCUUCACUUGGAAAGAAAAAGUCGUCAAAACCAUAUGUAGAGAUGGGAACCCAACACAAAUCUGAUGUAGAUAUUGACUGGUUGCCCAAAGAAACUACAACGGAAUUUGGAAAAAAUUCCCCGCGUCGUUCACCUCGCAAUCGUAGACAGAAACGAAGUGCUGGUGCGGGAGAAGAGUGAAAAAUCAUCUUGAAAUAAUUCAACGAUGCAAUCUGAAAGCUGAAAGAAAUUUACUUGGGAAGCAAGGAUAUUUUCAAACAAUUGUUUUUGCAUCAGAAAUGAAAUGCCAAUUGCACUCUCACAUAAAAUGAAUUUCUUCUUAAAAAAUAAGUUAUGAAUUUUAGAAAUUUUUACUUUUUGAUGGUAGCAAAACUAGGAAUUAUAUUUAGUUUAGUCUUCGUGAAAUGAAAACAAGUGCGGUGGUUUUCAUCGCUCAAAUUCCGGUAAAUACUGUUAACAUAUUAUUGACAAAUCUAAUUGGCUAUAUUGGUUUUCCUUAUAGUUUAGGAAUUGACCAAUCAAUGACAGCUAUCCUAUGAUCACGUGCAUUGGCAUAGACGUUUGUUGCAUUAACGCAUUCAGAUAGAACUGUAAACUCUUCAUAUUUGUUGGAAAAUUCGUUCACUUUGUUA